UUCUAUUAGUACUCUUUGUUCUCAGCCCUCUUGGUUUCUGAUAGUCUUCUCUACAGUCUCCAUUCUUUCCCACACCAUGAGCCGGCAGCUAGGCCUGAAGACUGGUGGUGAGAAGAGUGACUUCAGCGGAUACUCUGCGAUUUUGCCACGGAAAGUAGGGGGCAGUUCAUCUUCCUAUCGGGCAGGGGUGAAAGGGGCUGGAGCUAGCUUUGGCAGCCGGAGUCUCUACAACUUAGGGACUGGUCGGCGCAUCCCUCUCAAUAUUCGAACAGGGGGGUAUGGCUUUGGGCAUGGGGCUGGGUACGGAGGAGCCAGGGCUACUGGCUUUGCAGGGAGUAUCUUUGGCAACGUGGCUCUGGGAUCUGUGUGCCCAUCCCUGUGCCCACCAGGGGGCAUACACCAGGUGACCAUCAACAAGAGCCUCUUGGCUCCCCUCAAUGUGGAGCUGGACCCUGAAAUCCAGAAAGUGAGGACCCAGGAGCGGGAGCAGAUUAAGGCGCUCAACAACAAGUUUGCCUCCUUCAUUGACAAGGUGAGAUUUCUAGAACAGCAGAACCAGGUACUGGAGACCAAGUGGAACCUGCUUCAGCAGCUGGACCUGAGCAAUUGCAAGAAGAGCUUGGAGCCCAUCUUUGAGGGCUACAUUGGUAACCUGCGGAGGCAGCUGGACACCCUGUCAGGGGACAAGCUGAGACUGGACUCAGAGUUGAGGAACAUGAGGGAUUUGGUGGAGGACUUCAAGAAGAGGUAUGAGAUGGAGAUUAAUAGGCGCACAGCAGCUGAGAAUGAGUUCGUUCUUCUCAAAAAGGAUGCUGAUGCUGCCUAUACUGUCAAGAUAGAACUACAGUCUAAGGUGGAAUCUCUGGACAAGGAGAUCAAGUUUUUGAAAUGCUUGUAUGACGCGGAGAUUGCCCAGAUUCAGACACAUGCUAGUGAAACCUCUGUCAUCUUAUCCAUGAACAACAACCGUGAACUGAACCUCGAUAGCAUCAUUGAUGAGGUCCGCAGUCAGUAUGAGGAGAUUGCUCUAAGAAGCAAGUCAGAUGCUGAAGGCUUGUACCAGAGCAAGAUCCAGGAGCUUCAGUUGGCUGCUGGACGUCAUGGGGAUGACCUCAAACACACCAAAAAUGAGAUCUCAGAGUUGAACCGGCUCAUCCAAAGACUUCGCUGUGAGAUUGGCAAUGUGAAAAAGCAGUGCUCCAACCUGGAAACAGCCAUCGCAGAUGCUGAGCAGAGAGGUGACUGUGCUCUAAAAGAUGCCAGAGCCAAGUUGGAUGAACUGGAGGGUGCCUUGCAUGGUGCCAAAGAGGAGCUGGCUCGCCUGCUGAGGGACUACCAGGAGUUGAUGAGCACCAAACUGGCUCUGGAUGUGGAGAUUGCUACCUACAGGAAACUUCUGGAGGGAGAGGAGUGCAGGAUGUCUGGUGAGAAUCCCUCCUCUGUGAGCAUCUCUGUGAUCAGUAGCAGCAGCGGGAGUAGUUAUGGCUACCGGCCUAGUUCAAUCAGCACCAGCUAUGGCAGUGGAAUUAGGUCAAGCAGCUCUACCAGUGCCCGAAGUGUUGAAACCAAAACAAAAGGAGAAGGAGUGGGUGACCCCAAGAACUCCCUGACUAGGACCUCCUCGGCCAGUUCUCCAGCCAAGAAAACUACCAGAUAAGCUUUCUGGUCCCAUUCAUGAUGGCACUGUGGAAGACGAUGCUUUCUGCCCGCAGCCUGAAGAUGAUAUCUACUCUAACUGUUGCUGUCCUAAAAUACCCAUGAUUCCCAAGUCACUAGAGCAUUUAGAAUCAACUUUGGUCACUCUACUGUGUGACCUAUCAUGAUUCCAAAUUGUCACUGAUUACAAAUAUCUUCCCUUUGAAAUUUUUGCCUUUUAUUUCUUUGGAGACUUCAAUACUGAAGUAAACCUUUAAAAGUGAAAUUUAUAAGUAUAUCCUUUGUCCUAAAGAAUUUUUAAAGAAGAUAGAUACUUAAAAAGAGAGAGGGAGAACAGUUAUAACUUGGAAGAUGCUUAAUAACUGUUUGAGAGAUGAUGUUGCCCCUUACUAGCAGGAAGAAGGAAGCAGUGGGUCAAUGAGGGAAAAGUUGGCCAGCUUCCAUGGCUCAAGCCUUCACAGGGUAAUUUUGUUAUUGCUUGUGAAAGGCUGUGAUUUCUCAGCCCAUCAGAUAUAUACAUUGUCACAAAGACCAGUCCAAAAAUGUUUUG